GUCAAACACUUUAGGUAGUAGCUAUUGUUAGACUUAAAACGGAAAAAUGAAAGAGGAUUCACCGAGAACAGAAGAGGGAAGUAACAGAUACUAAUUUAAUAAGAAAAUCCAGGCAGCAGCGAUUUAAUUCCCGCACGCGCCAAAGUGUCCGUCGGCGAUAGCAAUCUCAGGCGAAGGAAACGUAAAGAUCGAACGGUAGCAAUCUGAUCGGCGUGGGUAACAUCCUCGUUUUGAUUCCUUGUUUUACUGAAGAUUAAUUAGGGCUUUCUUCUAUGCUCAUUCAAAACCCUAGACCUCCUUUUCUACUUGGUAUUAUCUAUCAUAUAUGAGGAAUUUAACUCCAUUCUGCACUAGGAAAGCUCCUACAAGUAUUAUCUGUGCCAUAGUCCUUCUACUUUUCUUGUUCAGUAAUACUGAUUAUAUUGCCAACGCAAACAACCCCGUUUACACCAGAUGGAGCUCCAAACCCGGACUUUCUGGUCGUACGCCAGUUUUUCGUCGCCAGAUUGUUGAAUUAGGUGUGAAUUCAUCAGAUGCGAUGGAUGUAACUGAACCGAAUAAUUCGAGUGUGUUGGAUGAUUUGAGUUGUUAUAACUUAUUUCAUCAUCAGGGUUACGGUUCCAGUUGUGAUUAUUUGAAAGCUCACCCUGAAUGCUCGUCCCCUGGAUUUUUUGACUACGUCAAGUUCUAUUAUUGUGAUUGUGGACAAAGUUCAUUUGCCUUUAUUGUUUUUGGUGUUUGGCUUGUUGCGUUGUUUUAUCUAUUGGGGAACACUGCCGCAGAUUACUUUUGUUGUUCACUGGAGAAGCUUGCAAGUCUCUUGAAAUUAUCUCCCACGGUGGCUGGUGUUGCUCUGCUUCCACUUGGAAAUGGAGCUCCUGAUGUCUUUGCAAGUAUUGCUGCUUUUGUCGGGACUGAUGCAGGUGAUGUUGGGCUGAAUAGUGUUCUAGGUGGUGCAUUGUUUGUUACUUGCGUUGUUGCUGGGGCUGUUUCUCUUUGUGUAGCUGACCAAGGAUUCCAGAUUGAUCACAAAUGCUUUAUAAGAGAUAUUCUUUUUUUCAUGUGUACACUGAUGGCCCUUCUGUUCAUUUUAAUUGUUGGUAAGGUCAGUGCUUGGGCUGCUGUAGCAUUUGUAUCAAUUUAUUUGGCGUAUGGGUUUGUUGUUGCUACUAAUGAGAUUCUAAGGAAGCAAGUACGAAGGCUGAAACUAGAUGUUGUAACACCACUGCUACCAGUCAGAGGAAGUAUAUACUCCCAGAGUGGCCUCGAAGAUGAUUCUAUCUACAGUUCACUUCUUGACAUUGAUAGUACAGCUGAUGGAGACCAGUCAAAUGCUUCCUUGCCACAGUGGAUGUGGGCAUCAAAUGUAGCAAUAUAUUCGAACACGCUUAAGGCAAUUGAUGGCGACAAGCCUUUGUGGGGAUGGAGUGAUGAGAGCUAUGGAACUGGCAAUUCAUUCUCGUUCUCCUGGUCCAAACUAUUUGCGUUACUGGAAUUCCCUUUGAUAGUGCCAAGACGGUUGACUAUUCCCUUAGUUGAGGAGGAAACUUGGUCAAAGUUUUAUGCUGUUGCCAGUGCUUUUCUAGCACCAGUUCUUCUGGCAUUUUUGUGGAAUACUCGAGACAAUGCAACUCUCCAAAGCACAAUAUUAGGAUAUGUUUUUGGUGUUUCAGUUGGUUCUACUCUUGGCGUCCUUGCAUAUUGGAACACCAGAUCAGAUAGUCCCCCUCAAAGGUUUCUAGUGUUAUGGGUUUUGGGUGGAUUUUGUAUGAGUAUUGUCUGGUUCUACAUGAUUGCAAAUGAGCUUGUUGCUCUGCUGCAGGGAGUUGGUGUAAUUCUGGGGGUUAAGCCAACCAUCCUCGGGUUAACUGUAUUGGCAUGGGGCAACUCCAUGGGGGAUUUGGUGUCAAAUGUUGCCUUGGCGACAAAUGGUGGGGAUGGCCUGCAGAUCGCAUUAUCAGGAUGCUAUGCGGGUCCGAUGUUCAACACUCUUAUUGGUUUGGGAAUUUCCAUGUUACUCGGAGCAUGGACAGGGGAAACUGGUUCAUACACAAUCCCGCAAGACAGAAGCCUCUUCUACACUAUGGGAUUUCUUGUGUCUGGACUGACAUGGGCUCUUGUAGUCCUUCCCAGGAAUGAUAUGCGUCCUAACAGAAUGCUAGGGGCAGGACUAAUUGCUAUCUACUUGAUAUUUCUUUCAAUAAGAAUGAGCAAUGCAAUGGGGAUCCUACCACUUUUUGGCCUAAGUUGACAUAAAGCAGUGUUCGUGUUAUAGCCAAAGCUUUAUCAUUUACAUAUGGCAAGUGAGUGAAGUUCAUGGACUACUUGUCUAGCAAGGCUCGACCUCUUCUUCAGCUUGACAUGAAAAUAUCUUGUGGUUGGCAGCCUGUAAUUUGUAGUCAUUUAGGCUAUAAAAAGUUGAGAGCUUUGUUCUCAGAUACCUGGUGGUAUAUGAUUGAAUCUCAGAGGCAUUCUUAUGAUUUGGGAGAUCCAAGUUCAUGGCCUAUUUCGGAUGCCUGUUGCGUAACUCUACAAUAUUGAUAUUUUGUUAAGGACUGGAACCGGAUCAUAUAUGAACUGCUUGUAACUUUUUCGUCUUGUACCCUUAAUUUAUUUUCACCUCUUUUCCUCCA